UGAAAAAGCACAACAUGUGGAGUCAAAAUAUCAAAAUUGGAUUUCUUGUUCUUGUUAUUUAAGCUACGCAGUGUACGCAUUCAGUUUGAGAUUACUGCAGUAUUGCUCUAGAUUAUAAACACAUUUGAUUGAGAGUGUAGAGUGUAGACCAUGCCUUCAGUUUAGAUCUGUUGGUACAAAGUCAUUGACUGGAUCGCUGUACUAACAUGAAGGCCAACAACUUCAGGGAGCAGGUGUCCUUGAUCACUACAUGGUUCCUGGAGUGGAACGAGUGCGAACAGACUGUGGCGCUGUACUCACUGUUGAAGAAAAGUUCACCCAUCCAGGCCAAGUUUUUGGACCAGGUGAUACAGCAGUCACUGGCGGAUUGCACGGAAGUUAAGCAGUUGGAGGCUAAAGCAAACGAUGAAGCCUACGUGAGGAGCCUGUACAACGGUGAGCGCGAGAUCGUCAUCCACCAGCUGCUUCAGCUGUUGCCGCUGCUGCAGGCGGGCAAGUACACGGUGAAGAAGGCGUACCUGCAGCUGAUCCACGAGCUGCUCAGCCACACCAUCAAGAACGGCGUGAACAUCGAGGAGAGCCGGCAGCUGCUGUCCUACUCGCUCAUCCACCCGGCCAUCAACACGGAGGAGCGCUCCAACUUCCAGAACUGGCUCGGCUGCCUCGACGAGCGCUUCACCAACAGCGUCUCGCUCAGCAGCGGCAGCACGACCAGCUCGGGGAACUUCACCGGCAACCUGAACGUCGGGCACACCCAGAGCCACAGCCCGUCCCCGGGCUCCUCGUCACAGCAUUCCAUGGCCCACCUCUCCCCGGAUCUAUCCCUCUCGCAGGAGUACAUCAACGUGCCGGCCAACGCCCCAGGCAUGCAGCACCCGACACAGUCCCACGGGCACAGCUCCCCCUCCCCCAUCAUUGGGUCUGGCGGCCACGCCUCGUGGCACCAGGGACACUACGCCAAUUUCGACGCCAGCGCCGCCAUUAACCCCUCGACGCCCAACGGAGAUACUUCCGGGUGCGCUCAGUACGUUUCGAACGGACACAUGACAGUGCGGGUGACGAACAGCCAUGCUGGUGCCUUUGGUCCGUCACACGGGCAUAUGCCUCUUCAUGCCACGUCAUCGGCUCCUCCAAAUUUUAAUUCAAUGUUGCCAUCUGGACCUAACACUCAAGUUCAAGCCAACAACAAGAAUUCCCAUGCUCCCUUAACACGAACCCACUCUAUAACCCCACCAGUGCGACUCCAGACCUCCGACAAAACCGUAUCGGACUGGCUCAAAACCAACCACCACCACCACUCACACCCCAUCCUCCCUCCCCGACCACAACAGUACGCUGACCACGGCCCGCUGUCCCCGCAGAGUUCCGUGUCGUCCAGCAGCGGGGGGAGCGAGUCCCACCACGACGAUGGACCCCAGCCUAGCCGGGACAGUUUCCUUGAGGAAGGGAGCGGCAUGAGGGAGGUCCCAGUUUGGUUGAAAACCCUUCGCCUACACAAGUAUGCUUAUUUAUUCAGACAGAUGACCUAUGAGGAAAUGCUUGGUGUCACUGAAGAUUGGUUAGAACAACAGCAUGUAACUAAAGGUGCUCGGCACAAAAUUUAUAUCAGUAUUGAGAAGCUCAGAGAAAGACAAGAUGUCCUCCGCAAGUUAGAGAAGAGUGUAGUGGACGAAGGAGGAAAUAUAAAAACUGCUUUGGGUGAGAUGAAAGCCAUGCUGAACACACCAAUCAAAGCGUUCAACUCCAGCCACAACUUGCUGGCCUCCGCCAUGAACAACCCUGCCUACAGGACCACUCUUUCCUCAUCCCCACAAUCUCCCUCGGGGGAUGAUGUUGUAGAGGGGGACCUCCCUGCUCAGUUUUGUAGACUCAUGAGUAAAGUAUGCACACAACUGCUGGUAGCCUCCCGUCCUGAUGAUGAAUGUUUCCAAAUAUACCUUCAGCUUAUUGAUAAGUGCCUAAACCAUGAAGCAUUCUCAAACCGUCAAAAGAAGUUAUUGCAGUCAUGGAAACAGUCUGCCCAGAAAAUUUGGCAGCCUCCCCCUCAGAAAUAUGGAGACAGAUUUCGUAACAAACCCCCAUAUGUCAACACAUUCCCUAUCGGUUCUGGUUCUUCACUGGGUGGACGUAUCAUGCCCCGCACUAACCGCAUACCUGUGCCCCCUUACAGUCAGCCUCAGCAGUGGAGCUUUGGGACCAAAAGGUCCAUUGUGGGUGGGGGCUGCGGAGGGGGGAGUAACGGUGGGCACAUGCCAGUCAUGAGAAACAGUUCACUCAACACUUCCUACCUGAACAAGCCAGGUCUCCUUGAGCAAACUAAACAACCCAUUUCGAGAACUCAUUCUGCUCCAACAAACAGGCCCUUGGCUGUCCCUGUGCAAGGUUGUGAGAAUGCAAAUGAUACUGAAAUCAAUGCUCGCCUUGACUCUCUCUGCAUUAGUAUGACAGAACAUGCACUGGGAAAUUCAGACACCAAUGACAGAGGCUCUGUGUAUUAAAAGUGGGCUAAGGAGGUCUCUAAUCCACCGAUAGUUUAUUGUCCUGUUUGUUGUUGGUGUGACCAGAAGGAUUAGGGUAGAGUUCAGGGGAUUCCCCCAAGAUGUUCACCGCAUGUGUAAGCAGGAGAUUAGCACAGGGGAUUGUUUUAGAGGAGUUACUAACCACUUGUGCACUGAUGUGUGACCAGGACUUUACCAUCUGUGUAUUAGGGUUUACUGUUUGGGUUUUAGUAGUGUGUGUAGAAUUGUUUUUUAUCAGUUGGGGGUCUGUUAAAAAAAAAGAUAACUUGAGGAAUUUUGAGAUUUGUCCAGUUAAUUUUUAUUUUCAAAAUUUUAUUUCGUGGAUUGAAAUUUGUUGGUUAAGAAUCCUUUACUACCAUCAGGAAGUUGUUUUUGAAAUGAAUGUAAAACCAUUUAGACUAUAUUGUUUUAUAUAUUGCAUUGAAAAGAAAACAAAAGGUAGUAUUUGUAAUGGUUUUACCUACAUAAUAUGUGCAAAGUUUUAUUGUAAUAGUUGUUUAUCAGUUUUUGUGAUGAACUUUUGUCAACCCUUAUAUGACCUAUAUUACAAUGUUGGUUUUGAGAAUCAUAAUAUAGGAUCUUGUUUACUGUAGUCUUUUUUUUUCCAUUCUGGUAUUUAACAUGCAAAUUAGCAACUUUGGUGAUGAUGUCUGAUUUUAUUGCUCUUUAAAUUUGGUUGUAAUGCAUUAUUUUUGUUACUUGUACAUUUGAACUGUGUAUAUAUUUGUAUAACCUUUAGAACUUGUGAGGUUAUCUCCACUUGGCAGCAAAGAUUUACAACCCUUUAAAGAAAAAGGUUACUAAGUGCUAAUUUUUUUCCUCCCCCUGAAUAUUCUUUAAAAUUGUAUUUUGAUUUUGUAAUCUGCUACAUUUACUUUGAUGGCUUAGGUUAUUCUGUAUUACUUUGAUGAUUUUAGUUUUCGUCUGUCUUUGCCUUGAAAAAGAUUUUUUUCACUGUGUGACCUGUUUGGCCACAUCAUCCAUGACUGCUGCCUGAUUAAAAAGAAAAAUAUCCUUGCUAAUCUUCUGUCUACAAAUUUCAUCUUUUCUUAAGGUCUUUUAUUUAUAUGUUUUAAAAAAAAACAACAUCUGAUUGUAAGUGUAUGAAUAUAAUCAAGCCACUGGAUGGGAACAAAAUGGCUGCAUUUAAAUCAAUGAGCUAAAUUGAUGGUGAUGCUGUUUACAAUGAUCACCCAAUAUUUGUGUGAAAUUAUGUCUGUUAAACAUGUCAGUGACGUGUGAAAGUGUCUGGGUAUCUGCCUCUGAACAAGAAACCUUCAGCCGAGGUUUAAUUUUUAUAUUAGGUUUAAAAGGGAAAAAAUGGAAUGUGUCUGAAACUGGUAAAAGUGAGAUGUAAAUGCGGUCCUACUUUUUAUGGUACAUGAAUCUCAUUGAUAUGCAUCUUGUUGGUUGUGAGAGUAUGAACAAAAAUGUUGCUUUUGUAAAUGGAAUAGUUACAGGUUUACAAGUGUGUAAGUAGGGGUGUGUGCGCCUAAGGUAAUCUGCUGAUAUAGAUGCUAGUUAAAUUCAUCAGGCUCAUUUUGAGAAAAUAAUUGUUUAUUUUUUUAUUAGUAAGUUAAAAAUUGUUUUGAGUUAAUUUGACUGUAAUUUUUUUUGUAUUGCUGUGUUGGCAUUAAUCAGACAUUUGUGUUUUCAAAGUUGCCAAAUUUGCUACCAAUUUUUAGAUUAAUUUUUUAUAGCUUUGUAACAGUUAUACACAGAAUUCUCUGUACAGCUUUGUCAGUGAUUGAAAAUAUUUAGACCUUUCUUUAACAAUGUGGAAAAAAAUUCAUUAAUGUAUAUUGGUGAAUGAUUAUAUAGGGUUAAAACUUAGUUUUGUUUUUAAAAAAAUAUUUUAAAAAUUACCAUUGCAUUCAUUUGAGGUAAUGAAAUGUGUAAUAUAUUUUAAAGAUGAGAAUCAAUUACAUUUUUAGAAUUGAAGAAUUUUUUUUCUCUGAAGCCAUGCUUUAGUUAUAUGUUUUUAAACUGUCGGAUAGCAUGGUUUUUUUUUUUUUUACAACAAGGUAUUUUUAUAGGUCUAUAUUGGCAACUAUCUUCUCUUGUGGAGAAUGGAAUGAUGUAUGUAUAUUUUGAUUAUGAGAGGACAAUACAUAUCUUCUAAAAACCAUUGUGGAUUCAUUGGUGUAUGUGGAUGCGUAACGCAUCAAGUGAAAUCUUUAGUGCUUUUUUUUAUUGUGAGGGUCAAGUAUUUUUUUUUAAUUUUAAUUUUUUCUGGAAUUCAAACAAGAAAUUUUAUAAGCAAUUCUAGGCCAUUGUAACCUGAUCAAUACAAUAUCUUCUUUAAGUGAUUUUAUUGAAGAGCAUGUUUAUACAUAAUUAGAAUUGGUGUCAAAACUCGUACACCUUUAGUUUGUUCUUAUAAAAUACACAGUAUCAGGAUAGGUUAUAAAGGAUAAGAAAAUUUCAAGUUAUUUUUUAAUGGUUCUAUUAAUAGAUUCAAUUUCAUGUUCUAUUAAAUGAAGAUAAAACAACUAAGCCUAGCAAUGUUAGGUUGUUUUUUUUUUUUAAUCCAUGUUGCCUUUUUUAAAAUCUUGGAUAAUUCUGCCUAUUUUUUUAACAGAAUCUUGUGUGCUGGUUCACACAUUUUACUGACAAUUUUUUUUUAGUCCAUAAUAAAUUGUCAUAAUUGAUUUUUAAAAUAUUGUUUUUUUUUUAUCUUCUCACACUGUUGUGUGUGGUGGCAGGGUGUAAAGUUCUCUCCCUUAGUCAAGAACCUGCUCUAUGCAACAUUCUGUAUCAAGUGUCCAUUUAUUUAAGAACCAUUAUAAAAUUAAAUAUCCAGAAAAUUGCAUUAUAAAGAUAAUUUUUCAGGUAGAUAAUGCUAAAAAUAAUUCUUGCUUUGUAAUUUAAGUUUCUGUGUUUGAGUUGCUUUAUUGUAUCUUAUUCUUAGUGUUAAGACAGAAUAGCGUAAUUUUUUAAACUUACAAUUCAAAAUUUGUGCUGUCAAAACUUUGAUUUCAAUGUCAGAUUUUAUACUUGUUUUGUGAGUUAAUUUAAAAAUUAAUUUAUUUUGUAUCCUUAAUUGUAAAUUCAGAUUUAUUUUUUAUCAUUUCAAGAAAAUGUGUGUAGCAGCUUCAAUAGUAUACUUUGCCACACACAGUUGGCUCAUUGUAGAAUACAAUUUUUAAAUGAAUUUUUGAGAGCUUGUCCUUUUUUGUGACUCGUAUUUAGUGUUUACUAAACUACCAUAUACAACCUUUUUUGUACAAAAAAAAAAUGUAGUUCAGAGAAACUAAUAUUUAUGUAUUUUAACUGAAGUAUUGGUUUUGUAGGUCUAAAUAAGGAAAAUUUCAACUUUGGGUGAAGAAAAAAAAUGUUGGAUUAUGCAUGGUGUGAACAAUCAUUUGAUCUACUCUAAUAUUUUUUAAUGGUGUUUUCAGGCACAGUUGGUGCUUUUUUUUUUGCAUACUUUUUAGUUCUUACAGUUCUAAUUGCAAUGGAAAGAUCCAUUUUUGUGUUUUUGUUAAGCUUUUCACAAUUUAACAUUUUUUAAACAGUUAAGUGCUUUUAAAAAAUAUUUUAAGUUACAGUUAAUUGUUUUUCGUUAAUUGUUCAGUUGUUUUUUUUUUCAAAGUUUGAAAAUUUCCCUUUUUAAAAAAAAAAAGUGACAGCCAGUUUUUUUUUAAUUGCUGAUUUUUAAGAAAGAAUUUUGGCAGAGAUUUGUUUUGAAGGUGCCUUAAUUAAAUAAAGAUGUUUUUAAAAUAGCGGUUUUUUCAUUUUUAAGCAAAGCAAGAAAUGACUAUUAAAACUGUGCAAGUUGUGAUAAUUAUUGAAAAGUAAGGUAUGGUGUUCUCACCACCUAAGGCAAUUCAUGCAAGUUAUUACCAAAGCAUGCUUUCAGAAUAUGUGAUAGUUUGGUCUGUUUUAUAAACUCUUGUUCACUGGUGUCAGUUGACAUGGAAAAUUGAAAAAAUAAAAUAUUGGAAGAAAAAAAAUGCAGAUAGGAAAUUAUUCCUUAAUGUACCCUUUUUUAAAAAAAAAAAGAUAUAUCUAAUGCAAUAAUUUCUCACACAUUGUAUGCUUUUUUUUUCCUCUUCUCACCCCCUUCUUUCUAUGCAUUUUUUAAACACUUGCUUUGUGCUUAAGUUAAGGGGCAUUGUUUUACCUAUUGGUAGACAUGUCACUUAACUUGUAACAGAGUAUGGUAGGGUGUAUGGUGCAGUCAGGGUAAGUCUAUUGCUUUCUGUGUGCCCAUAAAGUUUGUAUGGACUGAGUUACCUCACUACAUAUUAUCUUCUGCUGCUGCUAUAGGGCUAGCUCCCUUGUCCAUUAUUAAAAGUAUAUUUCUAGAAAAUCAUGUACAUUUAUCAAUUCAUUGUAAUAUUGUCAUUAGUAUUCACUGGAAAAAAAAAACUUUACUGCUCUGCCAUAUUUCUUGGUUCUCAUGUCAGCAAUUAUGUGAGGGGAUAAUUUUUUUUUUAAUCAAUACACUAUUUUGA